ACGCCAUUUUUUUCUCCAUAUGCGCCUCCUACAGUUUCAUACCCCGCUUGCUUUUUAACUUGUAAGGGUGUGUCGGUUUGAAACCCUAGAAUUUUUUGAAUAUUUGUUUCUCUAAUCUGUACUUUGCACUGACAAGCACUCGUUUGAAUUUAACAAGACUUUACUGGAAUUUCAAAAUGUCUACAAGAAGUGAAAGAACACCGGAAUCUAGCUCGCAAGCAUCCAGCUCGGCUUCCCAAUCACGAAGCUCACCUCUCAGCCCAACACGUUUAACGCGCCUUCAAGAGAAAGUCGAACUGCAAAACUUGAACGAUCGUCUUGCCAACUACAUCGACCGAGUUCGCCAAUUAGAGUCUGAAAACAACCGAUUGACUCUUCAGAUCACCACCACACAAGACUCUAGGGAGGUGACUUCUGUGAGAGGUUUAUACGAAAAAGAACUUUCAGACACACGUCGACUUAUUGAUAAAACAGCGAACGAAAAGGCAAGAUUUCAGCUUGAAGCACGACGGGCAACAGCUGAGCUGGGAGAAUUGACUCCAAAAUUCAAUAAAGCAAUAAAUGAGAGGGACAAGUUGGCAAAGCAAGUGUCGGAAUUACAUCUGGCACUUGAGUCAGAAUUGCUGGCCCGCGCCGAUUUGGAAAAUCGGAACAUGACUCUCAAAGAAGAGCUGUCGUUUAAACAACAGAUGUACGAGCGAGAAAUGACCGAAGUAAGAUCCAACAAGCAAGUUGAAAUCAGCGAGAUUGACGGACGCCUUCAAGAACAAAACCAGGCCCGUCUGCAGUCCACAUUGCAAGAACUGCGUGAUCAAUACGAAUCCCAGAUUCAACAAAGCCGAGAUGAAGUCGAAGUCCUAUAUCAGAAUAAGGUUGAAGAUUUGGAAGACCAGGUCAAAAAGCAACGAGGUGCAGCUGGCGCUCAUUACGAAGAACUCAUUCAAGCUCGUAAUCGUCUGAAGGACGCCAACCUUAAACUGUCUGACAUGGAGUUGGCUAAUUCUCACAUGAAGGACCGCAUUGCUGAGAUGGAACGAAACAUGGAAACCGAACGCCAAACGCACGCAACAGCUAUGCAGGAUGCUUCAGCUAACUCUUCCAUGUGUCAGGGAGAAAUCACCCGCCUUCGCGAACAAAUGGCCAUUCAGUUGCAAGAAUACCAGGAUUUGAUGGAUAUUCGUACGGCACUCGACAUGGAGAUUUCCGCUUACCGUAAGCUCCUUGAAGGCGAAGAAACCCGAUUGAAAUUGACGCCAACGGCGGGUGCCUCCACCUCACAGAGCACUCGCUCUGGAACUCCGUCCUGCCGCACGCCGACAAGCAAGCGGACCAUGCUCGAAGAAUCCUCCACUUUCACUUUGGCCGAUUUUAUCAUCUCUUCAAGCGCAAAGGGAGAAGUGCAAAUCGAGGAAGUCGAUUCUGAGGGCAAAUUCAUCCGCCUGGUCAAUAAAAGCGAAAAGGAGGUAUCGUUGGGUGGAUGGCAGUUAGUGCACAAGGCCCAGGAUCUCGAGACCAUUUACAAAUUUCAUCGUUUAUUGGAAGUGGCUCCCGGAGGCACAGUGUCCGUUUGGUCGGCAGACAGCGGAACAGCUCACAAGCCGCCUUCCACACUGGUGAUGAUGGGGCUGCAAUGGUUUGUGGCCAGAGAAAUGGUGACGCAAUUGCUCGACAACAGCGGAAAGGAAAUGGCUCAGUGGGAGAGCAAACCAGCGCAUACGCAGGGGGACCCUCCUGGAGAAGCUCUCUGUGUUGUACUGUAAUCAUCUCAUGAGUACUUCAUCAAGAUGUGUUCACCGAAGCUUUUUCAAGUGUCUUACGAUUGGGUCAACGAGUUCUAUGAUUGGAGAGAGAGAAAAAGAGAGAUGAAUGUGUGCGUUCAAAUAUUUCUGACGCAAGCCGCCUGCCAUUUAUUAAAUUCGUUCCACGAGAGAGAAAAAUCUAAACACAAAACAAAAUUGUCCGGUUCGUGUCGAGGUGAAUUCGUGCGUCUGGAAUCAAUUCUCACGAGUUGCGCGUACACACUAGUUUUGACUAGAUUUUUGCUUGUUAAAUGCAGAGGAACGGCCCAUAUAGAAAGUAAAACAAAAAAAAAGCAAUUCCAAUUUUUUUACAUCAUCAUCAUUUUUGGAGUUCAUUUAAAGUAACCGAAAUUUCUUUUGAUGUUUUGCCAUCCCCCCCCCCCUUUCUCCCAGCACUCAUCUCUUCAAAUAUUAUUUUUCUGUUUUCUUCUUUCUCGGCUGCCGCCUUCAUCUUCAUUAAUGUGUUGAAUACACACCAACCAAAUUCUUUUUUUUAAAAAGGG